AGUCCUUAUAUUUAUCUUUAGUCCGCGAUUGUAACAAAUAACAAUGUAAAUUCCUUAUCUAGUGUAGUAUAGAAGUCUGUCUGCCAAACAGUGAGAAGCGGGCGGACACAAAAAAAACACCAUUGAUAAGACCCAUCUUUGCGUAAUCCCAAUAACCCGUUGUUUGUUGUCGCUUUUUCGAGAUUACAAUUUACGAUAUUAUAAUCACAAUAUUAUAAGUAAUAUAUUAAUAUUAUACUUUAGUAAUAGUAUACAAUUAUGAAUAUGAAUGGGUAAUUGUGAGACAGAAUAUAGAACUACAGAACUUCAGAAGUACAGAGCCAUCAAGUAGUUAGUACCAACAGACAACAAUCACCUUUGGCCAACUAUUUGUUCUUUGCUAUGGCAUGAUUGAUACUACAAACUAUAAAGGCAUAAACUAAGAAACUAGUAACUAUCCUACUACAGUCUAGAAUACAGAGUGCAGACAUACACGUCAGACAGUGGAACAACACGGCGACCGAUAGUGACGCUAGACGCCGCAAGGAAAACAUACCUAAACGUCUCUAAUACGAUAUAAUUCAUUUUGAUUAUUGCGUUUUUAUCAGAAUGGGUGAAAUUGAAGUAAACUAUGGUUCUACUUUACCAACCGAAUCAUUAAAGGUGAUUGCGGAAAGUGUUGGUAUUGGUAAUCUCUCCGACGAUGCAGCUAAAGAAAUAUCCGAUUCUGCCACUUAUCGUCUUAAAUUAGUGUUACAAGAAAGCAAAAAGUUUAUGAUGCAUUCUAAUAGAUGCAAAUUACUACCAUCAGACAUUGAUAAUGCUUUAAAAGUUUUCGGUAUUGAACCUAUAUAUGGAUUUCAUGCUAAAGACCAUAUACCAUUUAGGUAUGCAUCUGGUGGUGGACGAGAAUUACAUUUCAUCGAUGAUAAAGAUAUUGAUCUUAUCGAAUUUGUUAAUGCUCCUUUGGCUAAGUUGCCUUUAGAAAUCGGUAUUCGAUGCCACUGGCUCGCCAUUGAUGGAGUUCAACCAACUGUACCAGAAAAUCCUCCUUCUGUAUCCAAAGAUGUUCAGAAACUUGAAUGUGUAGAUCCUUUAAACAAAUUAAAAAAACCCAUCGAUAAAGAAGUUUCUGGACGUCCAUCUACUGGAAAAGCUCAAAAAUUACGCAAUGUUGAAACUGUUCACGUGAAACAGUUGGCAACUCAUGAGUUAUCAGUUGAACAACAGCUUUAUUACAAGGAAAUCACAGAAGCUUGUGUUGGAUCUGAUGAGUCUAGAAGAGCUGAAGCUCUUCAGAGUUUGGCAUCUGACCCGGGCCUUCAUGAAAUGUUACCUCGCAUGUGUACAUUUAUUGCAGAAGGAGUAAAAGUAAAUGUUGUGCAAAAUAAUUUAGCAUUACUUAUUUAUUUAAUGAGGAUGGUCAAAGCAUUAUUGGAUAAUCCAGCACUUUAUUUAGAAAAAUAUCUGCAUGAAAUCAUCCCUUCUGUGGUCACUUGUGUCGUAAGUAAACAAUUGUGCAUGAGACCAGAAAUUGACAAUCAUUGGGCUUUGAGGGAUUUUGCCUCACGUUUAAUGGCACAAAUUUGUAAAAUGUUUAAUACACCAACAAACAAUGUACAAACUCGUAUAACUAGAGUAUUUACAAAUGCUACUAAUUCAGACAAAACCGCUCUUCCAUCAGUUUAUGGUGCACUUGAAGGUUUAGCAGAGCUAGGUACAGAAACACUAAAAGUAUUUGUCAUUCCCAGAGUACGCAUGAUAUCUGAUAGACUAGAUUCACCAGAAGUUACACAGAAUAAUGUUGAUCGAAUAUCCGGAAACCAAAUUAAACAUUUACUUUGUAAAAUAUUGACUCCUGUGUUAAAAAUAACUCAUUCACCACCAGAUAGUUUGGACGAAUACAAAAAAGAAUUCGGAUCUGUUGGUGUUCAACUGCAUGCUGCUGUAUGUAAAGCUCGUACAACUACUAUUAUCCAAAGUUCAAGCAACCAAACUGUAACACAAACAAAUACACAAUCUAGAACAGUUGUUGGUCGACCAGUUGCAGCAACCACAAGUAACACAGUAAAUCCUCAAAAAUAUGUACUCAUGUCUCAAAGACCGGUUGUUGCACAAACUCCACCAAAUAAAACAGUUUAUAUAUCUCAGCAAAAUAUAAAAUCAGAAUUUCAAGAUCCUAGUAAUUGAUGAACGUUAAUUUAAAGCAAACACUUUUUAAAAAAGGUCAUUUUUUAAUAAACUUAAUUAAAAUUAAUUAUUCUUGUAAAUCUUAAAAAUUAUAUAAAAUAAUAAAGUUAAUUAGAAAUUUAAGCAAAA